AUGUCAGGUUGGGAGCACCAUCGGCAGGAAACAGGAAUUCCUAUUAACAUGAGGAGCAUUGCUCAAAAUGGAAACGGACGUGCUAUCGGUGUAACACCUGUGUACCCUCGUGGCGAAAAUAUCCGCCCCAAUUACAAUCUCCCACAAGGUGUCUUGCCGAGCCAAGGUGUUCAGAGAGCAGUCAGUGGUCCGAGCGUCUAUGGCUCAGCACCUAACCGAUUUCCAGCUUAUUUCACCGCCCCAGGAGUUGAGAUGAGACCUCAUUAUCCACCCUGUUUUCCAUCACGUGGAACAUACUUGAUUCCCGGCAAGCAAAGGGGACAAUUGCAUCAAAGAUUUUCGCAUAGCCCGACGACAAGAGGAAAUUCCGAUGUCUCAUCUAACACACAUAAUACUCCUACGUACGGCAUUGUACCGCCACGACCUUUGCGAAUGCAGAACAACCAAUAUCCGUGUGCUCCGGCAGGACAGUUGUAUCUUCACGAACAAGUGGUUGCUCCUAUUCCUUCUGUACAGCCGGCUCUUCUAGCAAAUCAUGACAGUCUCUCAACCGAGUGUGUUACGAAAAUGGGAAAACUCGACGUUCUUCAUUUGCAGCCAGUUGCAGUUUCGGCUGGAGAAAAUGGUUUUCAACCUGCUGGUGGUGUAUCUAUUUCCGAGAGUGAUAUUUCUUUUGUGAUAAGUUGUAGGCAUCGAGACAAGGACGUCGAGGAGGUCACGGUUGUGAUCAUCGCAAUGCAUAUAGUCAAAAUUGCUUACAUCCGCGGCGUAGGAGUGAAAAAUUAUUUGGCGCUUCUGCUCACCGAUAUUGGACGGUUAGAACUAUACGACUUGUUGCAGAUCCGUGAUCACUACAGGAAUUGGGAUCUCAUUUUCUACGUCAAUUUCGAUCCCCGAUUAGAAAAGCAAGUUCGCGAUCGGCUCGGUGAAUUUUACGGCUCAAAAGUAAAUGAUGUUGACCAGUGUGAAUUGAAAACUAUGCCUGAUCUUUCGUGGAACAUAGUUCGUGUACUCCGGUAUGCACAUUUUCUCGAUAUUCUGGCGAAGGAGAGUGAAGAAUCUUCUAAAAAUAAUUCGGUUUCACAAGGACCCUCUUCGAUUCAACGAUGUAUAGAAACAACCGGCUUAACUGCUGAAGGAGACGUUGAUCUGAACCGAGAUGAGACUCAAGCCAAUGCUGGUGAUACUCCACCAGCAACAAUCUAUCAUACCACCCAGCAAGCUCCGAGUACUUCACGCGAAGAAUCUGUCUCUGAGGAUAAUAACAACAACUUUCCCGCUGGUGGUAUAUCUACUAGAGCACGUAUACAAUCCUCUUCGAGUUGGAACGCAUUUGGUCAGUUUGGUAAUGAGGAAAAACCGUAUAUCAUUAGAGACGGCGACACCUCUUCCAUAAACCACGCCUCCAGUGUGAAGCCCUUCGAAAACUAUGGCACUGCUGGCGAAUUUCUGGCUUCGUUCAGUGGCCUUGAUGAUACCAACGAUUUUCCUGUUGACUUCUUAGAGGAAGAAAAGAAUUUGGAAAUCCCUGACAAAGGUGAUGUUAAAAUUCAGGAAGAACUUCUGACUGUUGAGGACGGAGACAACGCGGACGUGGUAAUGAAAUCUGGUGAGAGCCUCAAAUUCGUGGGUGGAGUUAGCGUGGGCCUGGACGUGGCAAGAGAAAAUCUUUAUGAUGGUGCUCUUAUGAAUGGAGAUAUGGCCUCCUUCUUCAUCGUACACUAUAUUCCUCAUGCCUUGCUACCAAGCAAUUGGUCGAAAAGGAAUAAAGUGUAUUUUGCCAAUAGCGACUUGUAUCCAAUGGUCAGCCGUAAGUGCCGCAAUAGUUUACUUCAGGGAGAAGAGAUGACUGCUGAGAAGGUGAAGGAACUCUUCUUAUCAAGAAAGGGCGCAAUACCAUCGUACCUGCAGAAGCUUAUGGAAGCAGAACUUUCUGUUAUUCCGAUAUUCUGGGAGAAUCAUUGGUCAAAAUUAUUCUUAUCUGCUGAAAGUUUGAUUCUGUUGAUUAUUUAG